GUUUUCAAACCAUAUACGAGCCUUUCUUGAGAUCUACUUAGAUCUUCUCUCUCCAAAUAUCCCGUUACUUACAAGAAUUGAAAUCACAAUUGGCUUCGCCCUUCGUUAGAUAAGAGCAAUUAGAGAAGCGGUGAGUGUAUCUCAAAGAAGAAGCAGGUAUAUCCAGGAAACAAAAGGGCUAGGCACAUCCACUCGACUGCCUCUCGGUUGCUUUUCUCUCCCCUUUUCGCUUCAAGAGGGCCCGUUCGUCUAAGAGAACUGGUAAGCGAAAUUUGUUCAUAUAUAUAGACCUGCCCACCAUCUCCCACAACCCUCCACCUUCUCAACCUAGCACCUAAGAUAACUCACUAAACCCCACCAUAGAAAACAGCCGAGCAUAGAGCAAUAUAUCAACUUCUCACACCACCUUCAACCCUCUCAUAAUGGGUGAAAACCCCCCAACUCCCACCUCAAACCCUCCAAUCUUCGAAAACGGACUCGCAAACACCUCCCAUCCCACAAUCCAAUCCUUCAUCCAAGCCCGCGCAGACCUAAUAUCCCAAGAGCGCUCCCAACGCAGCGGUACACAUCUCUUUACCUUCCCCUUUCUAUUCUAAAUCAUCUAACACCCUCAACCCAGACGCCCCCUUCCGCGCCUCCCUCUCCCCUACUGCCCAAAAAGCAAGCACCCUAAUAUCCCACAUCCGCACCCAAGAACUCACCACAAAAUGGUCCACCACCUCCACCUCCCCCCCCUCCUCCCCCAAAAAAGAAGAGCUCUUCCCAGGAAUGAUGUUCAACAUCGCCAAACCAACCAUAGAAACAACCCAACUCUGGCGAAUCGUAAAAAAGAUGCCGAAAGGUGCCCUAUUGCACUGUCAUCUCGGUGCGAUGGUGGAUAUCGAGUGGGUUCUUGAGACGGCGCUGGGGGUGGAGGGGAUGUGUUUUGUUUCUGAUGUGCCGCUUGUUGAUGAGGUGGUGAGGGGGAGGGCGGAGGUUAGGUUUUUGUACUACGAGGGGGAUGGAGGGGGGGAGGAGAGUAUUUGGGAGGAGGGGUAUGUGGGGGGGACUUGUGUUGCUAUUGAUAUUGCGGCGGAUACUUUUCCUGAUGGAGGACGAAAGGGGUUUAUUUCUUGGAUGAAGGAUCGUUGUUCAAUUACGCAGUUUGAGUCGUUGCAACAGCAUCUUGGUGUUGAUGAUGUGUGGCGGAAGUUGAACUCGGCGUUUGGGAUCUUACCGGGACUGGUUUAUUACGAGCCGAUUCUUAGAGCGUUCAUGAAAGAGUUCUUUAGGUGUUUGUUAGAGGAUGGAGUGAGGUGGGUGGAAAUCAGAUGUGCGCCCUUCACGGGGUAUUAUCCUGAGAAGAGUAUGACCAAGCCUAAGGAUCCAGAUGAGUUGUUGAAAGUGGUAGAAGAGGAGAUUGAAGCAUUUAAAAAAGCGAAUCCGGGGUUCUGGGGUGCGAGAAUAAUUUGGUGUUCCAUUCGGACUUGGGAGACGGAGAAAAUUCUUGUUGGUAUGCAGUCAUUCUUUUGCUUUUCGCUUAUAUCAUGUAUGCUAAUUGCGGUAGAUAUGGAGCAUUGUCUUCGUCUCAAAAAGCAGUACCCGAAUCUCAUAUCGGGAUACGACCUAGUAGGUCAAGAAGACGCCGGCCGAACCCUCGAAUCCCUCACUCCAGAACUCCUCUGGUUCCAAUCCCAAUGCCUAACUCGAAACCUCAACAUCCCCCUCUUCCUUCACGCAGGUAUGUCCCAUCCUCCUAUCCACCCAUAUUCCCUCAGAAGAAAAACCCCUCUAACAACUCCCCCAGGCGAAACAGUAGGCACCGGCACCCCCACCGACCAAAACCUCUACACCGCACUCCUCCUGCACUCCCGACGUCUCGGCCACGCCUUCAGCCUCUACAAACACCCGCUCCUCAUCUCGCUCGCCAAAUCCCAAAAUGUCCUUGUGGAAAGCUGUCCCAUCAGCAACGAGGUCCUGCGCUACACGGCCAGUAUCAUGAGUCACCCCCUGCCGGCACUGAUCAAUAGGGGUGUGCGCGCUUGUAUUAGUAAUGAUGAUCCGGCGAUGUUGGGACAUGGGACGAGUGGGUUGAGUAGUGAUUUUUGGUUGUGUUUGCAGGGGUGGGAGGAUUGUGGGGGGGAGGGGGUUGUGAGUGUUUUUUUAAUUUUUGAUUUCUCUUUUCUUCGUUGUUUACUGUUACCUUGUUACGUUGUUCUUUUUUUGUUUUUUUGUUUGAGUUUUCUGGGAGAGCAAUGGCUGAUGAUAGUAUCUAGGGAGCCCUUGCCGAGAAUAGCAUCAGAUGGGCAGCAUUCACAGAUGAAACCGAAGAUGAAUGGCAAAAAGGUAUCUCCGACGCGGAAAACGGACAAGGCAUCCGGGCUCAGCGGUUGAAGGAGUGGAAAUCUGAGUGGGAAGCCUUUUGUGAGUGGGUUGUUGAGGAGUUUUCCUGAUCUUUACUUGUGCCUGUACUCGUACUAGAGUAGGUUUGAGGACUUGGAAGUGGCGUUGCUCGUUAGCGAGAUCUCCCCUUCGAUCGUCACGUUUUAGCGAAAACGCAUGGGCUGGCUUGGGAAAGUGUUUUUUUCUUGUCCAGGCCAGGUAUCUAGAAAAGCAUGGUCUGUAUUUAGAUUUCGUUAUGUGA